GUCAGCGAGAAGGUUGGAGGAGCUGAAGGGACCAAGCUUGACGAUGACUUCAAGGAAAUGGAAAAGAAAGUGGACCUGACCAGCAAGGCGGUUACAGAAGUAUUGACCAGAACAAUAGAGUACCUCCAGCCGAACCCAGCUUCCAGAGCCAAGCUAACCAUGCUCAACACGAUGUCGAAAAUCCGCGGGCAGGUGAAGAACCCCGGCUACCCGCAGUCGGAAGGGCUGCUGGGGGAGAGCAUGAUCCGAUACGGCAAGGAGCUGGGCGAGGACUCCAACUUCGGCGAUGCGCUUCUUGAUGCUGGCGAAUCUAUGAAGCGGUUGGCUGAAGUGAAGGACUCGCUGGAUAUUGAAGUCAAACAAAAUUUUAUUGAUCCCCUCCAGAACCUGUGUGACAAAGACCUGAAAGAGAUCCAGCACCAUCUCAAGAAGCUGGAAGGCAGACGCUUGGACUUUGACUACAAGAAGAAACGACAGGGCAAAAUCCCCGAUGAGGAACUUCGACAGGCCAUGGAGAAAUUUGAAGAGUCCAAGGAAGUAGCGGAGACCAGUAUGCAUAACCUCCUAGAAACUGAUAUUGAGCAGGUGAGCCAGCUCUCGGCCUUGGUGGACGCCCAGCUGGACUACCACAGGCAGGCAGUGCAGAUCCUGGACGAGCUUGCGGAAAAACUCAAGCGCAGAAUGAGGGAGGCCUCCUCGCGUCCCAAGCGGGAAUACAAGCCCAAACCCAGGGAGACGUAUGACUUCGGAGACACUGACCAGUCUAACGGGGGCUUCUCUUGCAAUCCUACCCCCAAAGUCUCAGCUUCCUCCUCUUUCCGAUCCGACAAGCCGUCCCGGGCCUCCGUCAGGAGUAUCCGUGAGUUUCCUCCCUCCGCACUGCAUGAUGUGUGA